CAAAAAUAAUGCGCUCUGAUAUAGAAUAAACUUAAAAUAGUUGCUAAGUUUGUAAGAAAUAGGAUGUAGAAUUAUCAAGAUGCUCUUCAUGCAAAUAAAUUUAUUAUUGCUCAAUAGAGUGUCAAAAAAAAGAUUGGAAAGAACACAAAUUUAUUUGUUCUGAAAUACAAUUGAAAUAACAGAGAGAAAAAUAGAGAGCAGAAAGAAAAUAAUAGGGAAAGAAAGCAAUAGAAGAUUUCGCAGAUUUCGAAGUUUUGGGUCAUGGAAAUUUUUCAGAUAUCUAUAAAGUUCGAGAAAUUGAAACCAAUUAAAUCUAUGCAUUAAAAUAGAUAAAUAAGCGAAAGUUAACCUAAGUUAACAAGGAAAAAGAUGUUUAUAUGGAAAAACAUUGUUUAGGCAAGCUUACAGAAAAUCCCUAUUGUAUCAGGUUAUAUUCAACAUUUCAGGAUGAUGAAAAUCUCUAUAUGCUUAUGCAGUACGUUGAUGGUGGAGAGUUAUGGUAACAAAUUCACAAUUUUGGAGCCAGAGCAUUUCCGCUUUGUCUAUACUAUAUUAGUGAAAUAAUUAAAGGUAAUUGUUAAUUUGAUAAAAGCAAUAAAUUCUAUCCAUAGUCUUGGGAUUGUUCACAGAGACAUAAAGAGCGAAAACAUACUAUUAACAUAAGAUAAAAAAAUAAAGUUUAUUGAUUUUGGAACUGCAAGGGACAUGAAUGAUCCAACUAUUGAAGGAAGUGGAAAUGGUAGAAAAGGUAAGAAAUUUGAAUUAAUUAUAAAGGAAAGUAGGCUUUUAAACAUUUUGUGGGAACUCCUUAGUUUAUGGCACCUGAAUGCAUAAGAAAUAAAGAUUCAAAUGAAAAGUCUGAUAUUUAUUCAUUAGGUGUUUUAUUUUAUCAUAUUGUUUUUGGUAAGUAUCCCUUUGAUGGGAAAAGUGAUUAUUUGGUGUUUUAAUAAGCAUUAGAAACGGAACUUCAGUUUCCAGACGGAUGGAUAGACAACGAAUAAUUUAGAAGUCUUAUUCGAAAGAUGUUGUAAAAGGAUUCUUAGGAUAGACCAACUCUGGCUGAAAUUAUGUAGGAUUAGUUGUGGGGUGAGAAUUUCGAUUGGAAUGCAGAGUAAGGUACAGUUAUGAUCUCUAGUUAGACUAUUAGACAAUUUUCAAUGGGUUGAAGGAAAUUGAUAAGUUUACUUUUGAUUUGGCUUUGGAGUUGAACAAUGCUGAGAAAUUGGAGGAGAAGAUUUGUGUCAAGUAUGAGAUUAAUAAGGUUUUGGGGAAGUACGAGAAGCUGAUAAAGGAUGAAGAUUACUAGAAAAGAUUCAAUUACAUGAAAUAGAUUGUGGAGUAGAAUUUGUAAGAUAGAAAGGAUGAAGAUGAGGAGCCUCAAUAAUUUAGAUGAUAACAUGAAAUACAAUUUACA